AUGACUGGAAAAAAAAAACUAAGUGGAUAUCAAAAUCGAAAAAGAGCAUUGUUAAAGGACAAAAAAGAACUAAUUGCUAUAAAGAAAUGCAGAAAAAUUCAAGACAUGUUUCUUAAAAAAACAUCAACAGUUGAAGAAGUUCCUGUGGAAAUUGAAAAGGACAUUCAAGAGGUAGAUCAGAACACAUUUCCAAAAGUAACUGAGGCUGUUCACAAUGGUAAAGUUCCUGUGGAAAUUGAAAAGGACAUUCAAGAGCUAUAUCAGAACACAUUUCCAAAAGUAACUGAGGCUGUUCACAAUGGUAAAGUUCCUGAAGAAAUUGCGAUGGACCUUCAAGAGGUAGAUCAGAACACAUUUCCAAAAGUAGCAGAGUACAAUGUCAUUCCUGGGUCUGAUCCAGCUCUAUGGUCCAUAAACAAUUUUACUCAAAAUUAUUUUUGUAUUCAUGGUUUUUCUCAAAAUGUUUCCAGUAUGAAUUUUUCAAAGUCAAAAAGACCCUAUAUUAAAUCUCAAAAAGGUGUUAAAAAACCUACUACAGGUAUUUUAAUUUAA